AUGGCAAAUGAAUAUGAAGUACUAAUAAACCUCUUUGACUUUUAUUGGUUUGAGAAUCAAAUUCUUGGGAAAACAGCCAAACCCAUCUCGUCAAAUCCAGUUCUGGAUAUGAAUACUGAUGCAGAGUUCGAGCAGCAUUCGCCAUUAAUGAAGCUUUCUCAAACCCCAUCAUUUAUGGUGAGGUCUUAUAGUGACCAAGCUUUGAGUUCAUCCUUAGAUUUAGGUUCUUCUUCUGAUUCCAAUUCCAGUUCUUCCCCUUCCCCAAAGUCUGUUCUUCAUGGGCCCAAGCUUGAAACUAUUUAUUCCGGUAAAGAAGUUGGGGGUUUUCCGGUUAAAUCAGAGGUCCCACCAGCAGACAAUACAGAAAAGAAUGGGGCGGAUAUUAGUUACAGCGAGGGAAGAAAAACGAAGAACAGGGGAAAGAGAAGAGGGAUAAAUGGUAGCAGGAGUUUGUCGGAGCUUGAAUUUGAGGAGCUAAAAGGGUUUAUGGAUCUGGGAUUUGUGUUUUCUGAUGAAGACAAAGAUGAUUCGAGUUUGGUUUCGAUUAUUCCUGGAUUGCAAAGACUUGGGAAAAAUGUUUCCGCCGGAACAGAGGAAAACAGAGCUUCAAGGCCUUAUCUUUCUGAGGCAUGGGCGGUUCUUGAAACCGAAGCAAAAGCACAAAAAUUGAAGAAGAAAGAUCAAAUCUUGAUGAAUUUGAGGAUUUCAGCCACGGGGAACAAUGAUUCGGAAGUCAAAAAUCAACUCAAGUUCUGGGCUCAUUCUGUUGCAUCCACCGUACGUUAG